GCCCCAGCUGCCGCCCGCCCGCUCGACUGUGCAGCAGCGAUGCCCCGCGGCCCGACCCCGGCCCGGGUCCCCGGCCCACCGCGUAAUUAGCCCCGGUGAGCCCCGAGCGCGCCGCCGCCAGCGCCGCGCCCUGAAGCAACGAUGGGCAACACCGUGCACAGGACCCUGCCAGACACGAGCCCGCAGGCACGCCUCCUGGCCACCCGGCCGUGCUGCGGGCCUGGCCCCGAGCGGCGCCCGGUCCUGGGCGAAGCACCACGCUUCCACGCACAGGCCAAGGGCAAGAACGUGCGACUGGACGGCCACUCGCGCCGGGCCACGCGGCGCAACAGCUUCUGCAACGGGGUCACGUUCACGCAGCGGCCCAUCCGGCUGUACGAGCAGGUGCGGCUGCGCCUGGUGGCCGUGCGCCCUGGCUGGAGCGGUGCGCUGCGCUUUGGCUUCACCGCACACGACCCGUCGCUCAUGAGCGCCCAGGACAUCCCCAAGUACGCCUGCCCCGACCUCGUCACGCGGCCCGGCUACUGGGCCAAGGCGCUGCCGGAGAACCUGGCGCUGCGCGACACCGUGCUGGCCUACUGGGCAGACCGCCACGGCCGCGUCUUCUACAGCGUCAACGACGGCGAGCCCGUGCUCUUCCACUGCGGCGUGGCCGUGGGCGGCCCGCUCUGGGCGCUCAUCGACGUCUAUGGCAUCACCGACGAGGUGCAGCUGCUCGGCACCCUGCAAUCCAGCCCUGCAACCACAUCUCCAUCAGGGUCCCUGAGCGGCUCCCAGGACGAUAGCGAUUCUGACAUGGCCUUCAGUGUCAACCAGUCGUCCUCGGCAUCCGAGUCAUCCCUGGUGACGGCCCCCAGCUCCCCGCUGAGCCCCCCGGUGUCUCCCAUGUUCUCCCCACCAGAGCCAGCGGGCAGCAAGAAUGGCGAGUGCACGGUGUGCUUCGAUGGCGAAGUGGACACAGUCAUCUACACGUGUGGACAUAUGUGCCUGUGCCACAGCUGUGGCCUGCGGCUCAAGAGGCAGGCCCGGGCCUGCUGCCCCAUCUGCCGGCGGCCCAUCAAAGAUGUCAUUAAGAUCUAUAGACCAUAGCCUGGCCUGAUGACGGGCCUUGGCUGGAACAAGGUCACUUUUCUGAAGCACCCCCGGACUGGGCAACCACCAUGGCUGCCUGGCAGUCCAAGGGCAGCGGCCAUCUCGUCUGCCACUCUGCAGUGGUGGGCAAGGCGUGAUAGGCAUGGAGAUGAGGCCCCCGGGGUGCCGAGCCCAGGCAAGGGUUAUCUUAGCUCAAAAGUGCUUUGCCCCCAAAAGGCCGUCCCAAGAGCAAGCUCAGGAGCCGCCUGGCAGACCACCCAUCCCUCGGCGACUUCUCGGCUGGAGAACAGUGCCCUCUGUGCAAUGAUUUUUGCUGGGGGGAGGUGGGUGCCGAACUGUUUGUGUGUGAGAGAAAGAGACAGAGAAGGGAGAGGGCAUGUGCAAGAAUGAGAGAGAACGCGCAGGUGUUUAUCCGGGGCUCCUGGCUCUAAGACGUUAUUUAACACUAAGGAAUGUGCCAUCUGGAGCCCAGACCUUAGCUUGACUAGAAAUUGUUCACUUUCUGGGGUUGUGACGUCAGCUGGUUUUGAAUGUAUUAAGCCUGCACCUAAACAGAACUCCCUGGGAUGGUAUAGAAAAGCGACAGUCACAUUUUCUAGGAGGAAGAAAAAAUAGCUCAUUGUUUACAGCUCCAAAGCAGCAACUCCUUGGGGGGAAGGUGGGCGGAGAACGUAAAAGAACAAUUUGCUCCUUUGGUUUCUAACUCCUUCCCGGAGCGUUUUGAUGGGUGCUGCAGCCAGCAGAGAGCUCUGGGCGGUGUCGCCCCCAGAAGCCUUUUCACCCCUCUACCCCCAGACAGCCUAAUUAUAAGCACACUGCACUUGACUGUCCCUAGAUCCUUUUAGUCUGUACCUACCGCCCCACCAUGUCCAAGGAGAAGACAAGCAACAGGUUCUCUUUUCCUAGGGAAGGGAAAGAAGCCUAGAGGCUGGUGACUCACCUGGAAUUGGAAAGGCCACUCGUUGCAGGACCCAGACAACUCCCCACACUUCCUGUUGUAACCCCUGGCCCGCAGGCAUCACCAGGGCGACCUGCUGGCAAAGUGCGGGGGAACAGGGCUUUGCAACUAACUGGUCUUUGUUCCGAUUCUCAGCCUAUCUUCCCCUGCUGAUUACUAAGAUGUUAAUUGAUCAUUGGGAUGUCAACUAAUAACUGAGACAUUAACCGAAAAUGCUGACGUUGGGACUGUCCCCCUUCCCAGGGCUAUUUGCGAGGCAUUUCCUGGGACCCUGGCCCUGCCGCUGCCCUGCCUGGGCCCCUCUCUGCAGGUUCGCAGACCCCACCUGGGCUGAUGGGCUGGCCCAGGCCUGCUUCUCCCUUCUUGUCCCCAGUGCUGGGCCCCGCAUCUUCCCUGUCUCGUGCUGUGCCUUUAGGGGAAUCCCUGGGCGCCUCUGUUUUUCAGUUCCCCGUCUAUCCAAGAGAAAGCCUUGUACCUGCCCACUCCAGGGCUCCUGGGUGGACCAGCACGACAUUCUGAAAGGCCUGAGACACCUUGCAAAGAGCAGGUAUUGUUUUUUAUGAUAAUCUGAAUCCAUUUAUCUGUUGAUGGAGGCAGGCAAAGGAGAACAUUCAGAGUUUCUGAAUUCACAUGACGGAUGUUUGCCGGGUGUCUAGGAGCCCAGAACCCGGCUGGGCUGGGCCCUCGUCAGAUCAAGUCCCACAAGACCGUUUGGUGGUGCCUUUGUGAUGCUCCAGCUCUUAGGCCACCUGCUGCUUCUCAGUCUAGAAGUGGCCCGUUUUCUGAUCUCAACUGCAAAAAUGCUACUCUUGCCCCUACAAGAACCCCUGAUAGAUUCUCCUGCUCUAGUGGGUUUGGGAAACACGCCUACAUUUUAAUUUUACAGCAGAAUCUUUGGGGGAGCUGCUGGAACCACAGCAUUUGCCAAGAUAAGAGUUUGAGAAUCUAAGCAGCACUCGGUUCCCCACUAAAUUUGUUCAUUCCCCCCAUGUGCUGGGUGUAGGCCUGGGCCCUGUGUGAGAGGAUUCAUCACCCUCCCCUCUCUCCCGGACUGUGGUUCUCCAGAGAACAGUCCCCCUGACUGGCCUGAGCCACAGUCACAAGCUCUGGUGGUCCCAGUGGCCUGGGGGAGCCAGCUCCUCUCGUCUGCCACUUGCCCUUCCUGACUGCCCCCUUGGUUUCCAGCCAGGGUUCUUGGGCAGACACCACCAAGAAACCAGAGACCGGGGGCCUGGACCCACGGUGGACCAGGCUAUGCUCCUGGCGACCCAUUACCUGGAGCUGGUGGCCUGUCCGACUUGUUCUGCAGCUGCUAUAAAUAGCCUCCUUGUGUCCAAGGAGAAUUUAGGGGGUGUUUAUCUUCUAAAACGCAGACAUUUCCUGAUGCUGUCACUGAUUUAUUCAAUGCUGCAGAGGGGCUGCCCGCAUGGCCCUCUACGUUGUCUUGAGACAGGCAGGAGAAAGGCAAGGGGACCACUCUGAGGGGGCGGUGGGCCUCCACACAGAUCCUGUGAAGCACUUAUCACCAUGUGGAGGCAUGUCUAAGACACCACUGAUAAAAAACACACCGUAUUAUGUACCGUUAAGGAAAAAACGCUGCCAAUUUUAACUGUAGGAUGCCACAGCUAUACAAUUAAUUCCAAUCAGAGAUAUUGAAAAGUGGCGGGGAAAAAUGUUACUUAGAGUGGAUGAAAUACGGUAUUAUUCCCAUUUGUCAGGUAAGAGAACUGAGGUCCCAGUAGUGAAGUGAUGUACAAUCACAGCAGGUAGCAGGGUUGGGAUUCCAAUCCGGGAGUGUCUGGCACCAAGCCCCAUGCUUUCCGCUGCUUGGCCCAGAAAGCUUAAGACCGCCGAGUUUUCUUCCUUGAAAGUCAUAUAGCAGCACCUCAGAGAGCCUGGGCACUCGUGUCUGUGUGGAGGGUCCCAGCCCCAGGCUGCGGCCCCUGUGCCACCCACAGCCCGGAAGGACAAGUGUCCUUCCUUUCAAUCCUACCUUGUCCCAGUGGAGCUGAACCCCAGGGCCUCCUCCUGGUCCCCAGGGUCACCCACAUGAGACAGCUUUGGGGAGGGUCCAAAGGCCUCAUCCUACCACCUUCCUGGGCCCCCUGAACACCACCCCUCAAGCAGGGCCCCCAGGGCUGGGUGGGAGACCAGAAGAUGCCCCUGAGUUGUGGGCUUAUGCCUGUUCAUUUUGAAUCACCAGGACAGUUGGGCUGUUUACAGAUCAAAACGAGCUCCUUUUUUCCAGUCCGCUCCCAGAACUGGGAAUCUCCUGGGAUUUAGCUACUCGGGGCAGCCGCUCCCAUAACUGCAGCAUCACCCACUGCUCAGCACGGCCUGUGUUCUGGACACAGGACUGGGGACUGGGACUGAAGACAAAUCCCACAGGGAGCUUGUGGUCCAGAGUAGGAGAUGGACAGAUUUGUAAACUUUUAUUUGAUCCCUCUAGUGUCGGGUUCUGUGCUAGCACAUAGUAGGUACUCAUUAAAGGUUUGCUAAAUAAAUCAGAAAUCAGGUUAUGAGUGUUCAGGGGUUUGAUAAAACACAUGCACACAAAGUCAUUCAACAAACACAUCUGCUGAGUGCCUGCUAGGUGUGAGAUGCUGGAAGGAUGGAGCUAUGAGGACAAUGCCCUAGAUCUGACGUCAGAGGGAGAGACAUCAAGAGGGUAAUGAGACAUUAGGGGCAGAACCCACUGGGCUUUCUCUGCCAUUCUCCUGCCUCGGAGGUCUGUCUCAGCGAGUGCCCAAUGACUGCUUUCCAGACCCAGAGCCUCUUGUGUGCUCCAAAAGGCCUCCUCCACAUUAGAAAUGUCAGGGACCUGUAGUCGGUGAGCUGCUGCCAAACAGCCUUGAGCAGAAAAGCCAAAGUCCCCACCGGUCAAUGACCACCCUCAGGUCUUGCCAGGGAGACGUGGGGAGAUGGCUAUCUGCUACUUUCAGGCCUUGGGACUGGUGGCUGGAAAUCAAUUCCCAAGUCCCUGGAGAAUCCCCGAUGCAUGCCAGUUAAGAAGGGGAUCGUGCAAAGUCAGACCAAGAGGCAGAAACCUCCCACUGCUAGAUCCCAUCUCUGCCCCAGUUCCGGCAGAGGGACACCGGCUCAGGAACACGUGGCCACCUGGCAUUUCUCGGUAUUUAAUUGUCUCACUGUCUUUUCUAAGUCCCUGAUGAAAUGACUUGUGCAACAAUCUGUCUGUGCCUUAUGAAAGUGUCUGUGCACUUUUUAUCCCUUUUAAAAGCAACUUUCAAAAGUGGGCAGGGGAUAUAUUGUAGUGUUCUAUAAAUCUGUGAUAAUCACUGAAA